AUGACGCCGGGCCGCAGAGACGCCGUGGAACAGUCAAGGGAAGCGAGGAAGGGCCGAGCCGACUGCCUCAGGACGAGCGCAUCGCGGCCGCCCCUCGCGCCCGAGCCGGGGAUCGGCCGCUGCCGCCGCCAGAAGGAGAGGGGGCUCCCUGUUCCCCCUCGUCAGCCUCACUCCGCCGCCGGCAGGAGGAGGGGGCGGCGGGAGGGAGUGUCUCCAGUGGCGGCCGCUAAGCGGCGUCUCGGCGCCAGGCCCCGCUGUCCUCCCUUGGCGGAACAAUGGCGGCCCCGGCCGCGAUCCACGCCGCGCGCGCGGACGCCGGGGAGGGCCGCGGGUCACGUGGGCGUUGGCGGGCGGUGCAUGGGUGUCACGUGCGGGCCAGUGGGGCGGGGCGGGAGCCGUGCGGGCGCGGGCGUGGCGGUUGCCGUUGGGGGUGACCCGUUGGGGUCUGGUGGAGGUGCCGGUCCUUUGGGCCGGUGACUCUGGACGCGAGCCUAGCAGGGGUUAACUGGAGGAAGUCUCCGCCGGGUGACUGGUGGCCCGCAGCUAGGAGACGUGGCGCUUUGAUAAGCUUCCCUGAGGAGAGGCCCAUAUGCUAAGAAAAUAAGGGUGACCUCCUACCAGCAGCCAGCAAGAAAGCAACACCCUCAGUCUGACAACCCAGAAAGAACUGAAUCCUGCCAACCACCAUGUGAGUUUGGAAACAUCUUUCUCUGGUUGAGCAUCAGAUGAGACCCCAGUGCUGGCUGACACCUUCUGAGAGACCCUAAUGCAAAGCAGCCAGUUAAGCUGUGUCCAUGUUCC